CUCUCUCUCUGGUUCUCUUAUCUCUCUUUCUCAUCCCUCUCUGUGUUAGUGUGUAGGUGGGGAGGUUUAGUUAACAUCAUACAUUCUGUUUCCGAUGACAUCAACAAAUGUGCAAUGUCUGUCGGGGGAAAGGGUCUGUCAUUUUAAUUGUGUUUUUGUAUGAGUCUUUAAGUGUGUUUUGUGUUGGUGCUGGAGUCACUGAAUAGAGUCUACAGUCAUCAUGUCAAUGAGUUGAGCUUUAACAUGUGGAGAGAUGAACAACAGACCCAGGUGUCUCCUCACAAUAUCUCAGACUCACAGUAGGCGUCUCCUCACAAUAUCUCAGACCCACAGUAUGUGUCUCCUCAAUAUCUCAGACCCACAGUAGGCGUCUCCUCAAUAUCUCACACCCACAGUAGGUGUCUCCUCAAUAUCUCACACCCACAGUAGGUGUCUCAAUAUCUCACUCACAGUAGGUGUCUCAAUAUCUCAGACCCACAGUAGGUGUCUCAAUAUCUCAGACCCACAGUAGGUGUCUCAAUAUCUCAGACCCACAGUAGGUGUCUCCUCAAUAUCUCAGACCCACAGUAGGCGUCUCCUCAAUAUCUCACACCCACAGUAGGUGUCUCCUCAAUAUCUCAUACCCACAGUAGGUGUCUCCUCAAUAUCUCACACCCACAGUAAGUGUCUCCUCAAUAUCUCACACCCACAGUAGGUGUCUCAAUAUCUCAGACCAACAGUAGGUGUCUCAAUAUCUCAGACCCACAGUAGGUGUCUCAAUAUCUCAGACCCACAGUAAGUUUCUCCUCAAUAUCUCAGACCCACAGUAGGUGUCUCAACAUCUCAGACCCACAGUAAGUUUCUCCUCAAUAUCUCACACCCACAGUAGGUGUCUCAAUAUCUCACACCCACAGUAAGUUUCUCCCCACAACAUCUCAGCCUACCAGUCUUCUGCACACUCCCACUUGACCCAAACCCACAGUAUCUCCUUACCCAACCCUGCCCAUGGAAAACCCAGGCUUGACUCUGGACAGAUCCUUGACUGUGUGUGUGUGUGUGUGAGGGGGGGGGGGUGUAUUGGACAGAGCAAGGAGCAAGGACAGAGCAAGGAGCAGCCCCUAGUGUCAUUAUGGCAAUGGCCCAGUGGGCCUGUCUAAAUUGGCUGGAAUUUACAUCAGAUGAUCAUUAUUUGGCUUGGGGGCCUUGAGGAAAGAAAAUGUGGUAGCUAGAAAUGCCUGGGCCGAAUUCUGAUCCCAGUUCGCCCCUGAAAGGUGUGUGUGUGUGUGUGUGUGCGUGCGUGCGUGCGUGCGUGCGUGCGUGCGUACAGUUCUGUAAUGUGUUUUCUUACUAUUGUGGCCGGUGAUGUAAAACUUCUCUACUUUUCCCCUCCAUGUAAGCUGUCUCCCAACCCUCCUCUGUACUGCCCUUUACAAUGGGGAGAAGGACUGCCCUUUACCAUGGGGAGAAGGACUGCCCUUUACCAUGGGGAGAAGGACUGCCCUUUACCAUGGGGAGAAGGACUGCCCUUUACCAGGGGGAGAAGGACUGCCCUUUACCAUGGGGAGAAGGACUGCCCUUUACCAUGGGGAGAAGGACUGCCCUUUACCAUGGGGAGAAGGACUGCCCUUUACCAGGGGGAGAAGGACUGCCCUUUACCAUGGGGAGAAGGACUGCCCUUUACCAUGGGGAGAAGGACUGCCCUUUACCAGGGGAAGAAGGACUGCCCUUUACCAUGGGGAGAAGGACUGCCCUUUACCAGGGGGAGAAGGACUGCCCUUUACCAUGGGGAGAAGGACUGCCCUUUACCAUGGGGAGAAGGACUGCCCUUUACCAUGGGGAGAAGGACUGCCCUUUACCAGGGGGAGAAGGACUGCCCUUUACCAUGGGGAGAAGGACUGCCCUUUACCAGGGGGAGAAGGACUGCCCUUUACCAUGGGGAGAAGGACUGCCCUUUACCAUGGGGAGAAGGACUGCCCUUUACCAUGGGGAGAAGGACUGCCCUUUACCAGGGGGAGAAGGACUGCCCUUUACCAUGGGGAGAAGGACUGCCCUUUACCAUGGGGAGAAGGACUGCCCUUUACCAUGGGGAGAAGGACUGCCCUUUACCAGGGCACGCGAGAGAGACGUGUUGGAUUUGAGGUUUUCUGUAGGUGAAGUGAGUGAGUGAGAGAGAGAGAGGUGCAAAACUGAAAGGUAGACUUACAGUGAACAGGAAAUGAGGGGUCCACACACACAGAGAGACCGAGAGAGAGACCGAGAGAGAGAGACAGAGAUAUAGACACAGAGAGAGAGAGAGAGAGAGAGAAUCAGAGAUAUAGACAGAGAGAGACAGAGAGAGAGAGAGACACACACAGAGAGAAACAGAGAGAGAGAGAGAGAAACAGAGAGAGAGAGAGGGAGAGGGGCUAGCAGUGACUGACUGUGGGUGUGACUAAAGGCGGGACUCCGCCUCUUCUCCUGUUUACCUGAGGAGCUACAAAUAGCAGUGUAAGAGGUAGGAAACACACACCUGUCACUGCUGCUGCCGUCGACUCACCCGGACUGAAGAAACCACACACCACACCUUUACAGACCACUGUCCUCUGUCGCCAUGUGUCAGUGGUUGACCUCUAGCCUCUGUGUUGUGAUGCUGCUGCUGUGUCCAGUCAGUUUCAGCUACGAGGGGCUCAGCCCAGGACCUGGCUGUCAUCUAUACCGGUUCAACGUGACCAUCCGUAGUGACCAGCGUGGGACAUGUAAAGGAACUCAUGUUGUGAAUGCCUGUGUUGGCUACUGUGAGUCCAGUGCCUUCCCAUCUCGCUACUCUGUUCUGGUGGCAUCGAACUUCACUCACAACAUUACCUCGGCAUCACAAUGCUGCACCAUCAGCAAGGACGCAAAGAUCAAAGUUCGUCUUGACUGUCCUCGUGGUCGUCACCAUGAUGAUAUCGAGAUCCUGACGGCUCAGGCCUGUCGUUGCGACAUGUGUCGCAAGUCACGCUACUGACAUGCCACCGUCUCCGCGGGAACACACGCUACACGCAACAAAUUGUAACAUGAGGACUUGGAUGAAGAGAAGACAAGGAAAUGUGUGUAUACAAGGAUAGUGUGUGUGUGUGCGUGUAUGUGUGUGUGUGUGUGCGUGUGUGUGUGUGUGUGUGUGUGUGUGUGUGUGUGUGUGUGUGUGUGUGUGUGUUGAAUUGAAUGGUCGGAAAAAAGGAAAAAAGACUUGAGGAAAACACUUUUCAUACGGUCGCUUUAUUUAAGAUUUGUUUGUUUAAACAUUGGUUUAUUUAGGAACAGGAGGCAGUUUGUGACACUUUGACUCAACACCCUAUUCCCUAUGUAGUGCACUACUUUUGACCAGGGCCCAUACAAACUAGUGCACUACUUUUGACCAGGACCCAUACAAACUAGUGCACUACUUUUGACCAGGGCCCAUACAAACUAGUGCACUACUUUUGACCAGGGCCCAUACAAACUAGUGCACUACUUUUGACCACGGCCCCAUACAAACUAGUGCACUACAAAGGUAGAUUGGGUGCCAAUUGGGACGUAGACACUGACAUCCAGUUAAACCACUAUAGAUAAUAAAAUCAUUAAAACCCACUACAUAGAUCUGUUAUACAGCCACAACACAGAACUAGAAUGAGCAGAAUGGACAUCCCCAUUCAAGUCAGUGAGUAAACUGGGCGCCAUUUUGAACGCGGACCAGUGUCAGAGGUUCCAAUUCCAUUCAUUUGAUUUCUACGGCCACUAAACUAGAGGGACUAAAGGAUGUACAUUAAUAAAUAAACUGUAUUUAUGUCUAUGACCCACUUACAUAUUGUAAAUAAGUGACCUGAAAGAAUGUUGGAAGGGUUGACCAAAUAAAAAUGGGAAAAAUAAUCACUCAA